GGCUUUGUGAAAUUAUUCUCAGCCUUUAACAUUUUUCUUUCCAUCACAGCAAUUCUAGGAAAUGUCCUCAUCCUUCUUGCUCUCCAUCGAGUGUCUUCUAUUUAUCCGCCGACAAAAUUCUUCUUCCGAUGUCUAGCUAUCACGGACCUAAGCGUCGGGCUAUUUACACAACCACUCUACAUAAUCUACAAGUUCUCUUCGCUAGUAAACGUGGAAAGACCUACUUUUUACGGCAAGUAUCUUGAAGCAGUUCGCAUAGCCUCAAGUGCAGUUUUGUGUGGAUUAUCCGUUUUGACGUCUACUGCCAUAAGUGUCGACAGACUUCUCGCCCUGUUGUUGAGGCUGAGAUACAGAUAUGUUGUAACCUUGAUGCGAGUUCGUCUCACAAUGCUUUUUAUUUUGAUCAUUUGUGCUUUAUUCGUCGUUAUUUGGGUUUGGAAAACGGAAGUUUUCUACAAGUUAUCCUCUAUUAUCAUAACGCUUUCGUUGGCAACUUCUACUGCAUCUUACGUCAAGAUCCACUUGUCUAUACGACACCAACAGGCACAAAUACAAAACCAUGUUCCCCAAGCAGAAUCGAGCACAGGAGGAAGUCCAUUCCACAUAAUAAGAUACAAAAAGACAGUGUCUAGUAUUUUGUGGGUACAACUGGCCUUAGUUGUGUGUUAUGUUCCCUAUGUUAUUGCAGCAGGGACUGGAGAAGACAACGGGCUAGCUUGGUUGGCUGUAACCACCCUCGUCUUUUUAAAUUCAUCUCUAAACCCGAUCUUGUACUGCUGGAGAAUCAGAGAAGUGCGACAAGCAGUGAAGGAUACAAUCAGGCAACGACACUGUUGUUAGGCAGAACUUCGUGGAUCGACAGUGAAUAUUCUUUAAACAGCGUGGAAUAGUAAAGGCCCUAAGUGCAUCAUAAUUGCUUUCAACUACGACAUUUUCAACCACUGUUGGUUGUUGCGGAGGAUUGUCUCUAAGUAAAAUAGAAUGCGUGAAUCGAGAGUUUCGUGUCACUCCUUAUGGAUCAGUCAGUAUUUUCAGCUCAACUAACUGCUAAUUUUUCCUAGCAACUACAAGAAUGUAUAGAACGCCCUCAAUUUUUUUCUUGAAAAGGUAAUCACUCACAAAAGAGCUUCGUCAACGAAAAUUUAUAAGGGAAUCAAAUCAGUUUAUGACCAAGAUACAGUUUUCUGUAAUUUGAAAAUGUCGAGAGAAUUCAAAGCUAACUUAGUUCACUGACGAACGAAAUUAAUUAAAUUGAAAAUGCUUCCAAUACCAUAAAAACUGCUUUGUUUGGACCAUUGAGCUGUCUGUCAAUUUCUGAGAGUAAGUGCAAAUUUCUUCAGGCACCUUUCGCAUGCACGAAUUGAAAUGAAAAUGCACCAGUGAUAUCUUUUAACAUAAUAAGGCAAAGUAGUCUUGACAUGAAUUCGAACGCUCUGAUUUCUUUUUUUUUGGCCGCGAUGUUGCCAUGUGGACGGACUCCUUGCACGAAAAAAGUCAUGAGCCAUUUUGUUUUGUUUUGAAAGCCACCGUAUUUAAACAUGUCAACAUUCCAAUUCUCCGCAAAGAAAUUGCCUGAAAGAUUGACAAUUUAUGAGUUUACAGUAAAGAAAUAGAAAACCUCACCAAGCGAAAUUCAUUAUCCUCAAGACCUUGUAGCAAAAGAUCUUAGAAACUGAAACAGGCAUACACAAAAGACAGUUUCCGCAGAUAAUUGUAAACACAAACACAAAAUAACAAAUAACAAGACGGGUACUGAUGUUCCAUGGAAAUGGUAUGCAAACAAAAGAACCAAAAGUCCACCUUUUAUCCGACAUUCCAUGUGAUCAAACGACUGGUAAUUUUGUUUUAAAACUCGUUACAGCUUACUCCACCUGAGUUGCUCAUACGAGUGACCGGAAGUGCAUUUUGUUACAAAAAGUUAAAAAAAGCAUGGCAUGACUGCAUAUAAUAAACUACUCACGACCCCAGCAUGCUAUCAGGCCCGUGGAGUGCGACCCCGCGGUCGUUUUUGUGGGAACCUUCCUGCGCUUGGUCAGCACUGCCGUGAUCUCGGCCCAACACUCCCCUCGGAUGGUAAAAGGUAUGACCGAUACUCAGAACCUUUCUUUUCAUUUACAAUUCAUGUUCAAUUUUCGUAUCAAUUUCAGGGGGAAAUAGCUCAAUUUGAGUUAUUCAAAGGUGACUAAUUUCUCACUUUUUAACACAAUUUCCACGCAACGAGAAUUUGGUUAAUAACUGCUAUGUAGCGUCGUGUUUUCGACAAACUAAUUGAUAUACCUGUCAAUUUUGAAAGCAAGAGUUUUCUUCAUUUCCUUAGGGGUAAUUAUUGCUCGACUUAUGUUAUUGAGAGGAUGAAUAACUUCUAUCAAUCGUAAAAUCAGGUACGCGUUAACAAUUGCCUCGAACUAAUUGAAACUCCGGAUCAAUAUCAGUAUCUGGGCAACUGCCCACCUACCCCUCCCCUAAUUCAACUACAGUCAAUUGAUAACAAGUUAGGGUUAAUGUUGGGUCAGGGGAGGGGUAGGUGGACAGUUGCCCAGAUACUGAUGUUAAUCCGAAACUCCUAAGUCACUACUCCUUUGUAGGAUUUGUAGUAUAGCACUCAGUCGUUUUAACGUAGUUUCCAAGUAGAGAGAAUUCUAGCGUUGGCUCACAGGCGGUGUCAUAUUUCCCGCCACCUAGGUGACAUAUCUACGUCUCUCGAACGACAUAUAAAUUAUCUAACAUAUGAAGAAAACAAACAGAGUUCAAAAUUUAAAGAAAUGGUAUUAACUUCGUUUAUAAAUCACGUCACAAGUUACCUUGAAAAAAACAAGGAAAUUGCUCAGAUUUUCAUUUGAUUUUUCAUAAUCCAUUAAAAAUCAAAAACCGAAACAGACCAUUUAGAUUAAAAAGCGCGAACAACUUCUGUAUCUCUGGCAUGUGACUUAUGCCGACGCUGUAAUUAUCAGGUGUUAAUGAAAAUGGAAAGUCAAGUCAAAGAGAAGCUUAAUCAUUCUCUUAAAACCCUCCAUUGGAAAUAUCGUCGUAAAGUUACGGCAAACAACUUUAAUUUCUUAAAGAUCCCGGCAGCUGUAUUCAUCGAAACUAAUAUCUUAUGUCAACAAACGACCACAUUUAUACUCUCUGAUGAAACAUCUUCAAAAUUAAUAUUGGUUGCUGGACAAAAAUUAAGCUAUAACCAAUAGAAUCUCCUCGUAAUCAGCGAUAAGAAAAAAACGGUCAGCUUGUCUUUACUCGAUUUUGUUCUAUUUUGGCUGUUGUUGUUGUUUUCCUCUCAGGCAGAUUAGCCGUAAACGGGUGACAUUCACUUUUUCGGUAUUCCUUAUGGCGUUUGACUUAACCGAUUAUUAAACUCGUUUACAGCACCGGACUGCCAAUCGGGAGAAGUCGUGUAACAACGUAACGCCGUUUUGUCUGUUAGGACACAAAUGAUUCAUAAACUAAACAAAACAUAUUAAAAAUGUAAUACAGUAUAAACUCAUCGCACAAGGAUGACACGGCCUCGGGUUGGUAAAAAUUAAAACUUGAGCAUAUGCCUCGAGAGUUAAAUUAUCACCUACAAAAAGCUGAUAACACUGCAACGAGCCCAACAUUUUUACCGCGGAGAACAAUGGAAAACUCUUCAGAAAAAGACUUCUUCAUAACCAUAGUGCGCGAAACUCUUAGAUCAUCACCAGCAGGCCUAGUUGAAUUUCUUUUGGUUCUGAAUAUUCUUCUUUCCAUCAGUGCAUUUCUGAGCAAUGUUCUGAUCCUUUUUUCACUUCGCCAAGUGUCGUCUAUUCAUCCUCCAACGAAACUCUUCUUUCGAUGCCUUGCAGUCACUGACUUUUGCGUUGGGCUCAUUGUUCAACCACUCUAUGUGUAUGUAACCUACACUGCGUUUCGUGUGAAAGAUAUCAGAGGCGAUGUUUUGUAUCGUGUCUACAAUAUUUGUGGGAUAAUAAGUACGAUUUUGUCUGCAGUGUCUGUCUUGACCUCGACUGCCAUUAGUGUAGACAGACUCCUUAUGCUGAUGUUGGAAAUGAGAUACAGACAUGUUGUAACAUUGGGUCGGGUUCGCGGUGUGGUUAUCGGUUUUUGGUUACUUGGUGCCUCGACUUUGCCAGUGUGGUUGUGGAGUAGAGAAAACUUCUACAGAGGAUCGUCUCUUAUCGUACUACUGUGUUUGAUAACUUCGACUUCAUGCUACGUGAAGAUUCAUCUAACACUCUGGAAACAUCACGCUCAGAUAAAUGUACAAAACCACUUCCUAGAACAACCGAAUGAACGUGGAGGGAGUCCGCUCAACAUUGCAAGAUAUAAAAAAACACUGCCAGCAUUUCAUGGGUGCAAGUGGCCUUACUUGUCUGCUAUAUUCCUUAUAGUAUCGUAGCUGGGUCUGGAAAUACCAAUCAGGUUAUUUGGUCGGCUACAGCAAGUCUGGUUUUCUUAAACUCGUCUCUUAACCCGAUCUUGUACUGCUGGAAGAUCAGAGAAGUACGACAUGCCGUGAAGGACACAAUCAGCCAUAUAAACUGUUUUUAAAAAACAGCUCUAGGCAAGGAUGCUCGAAACAUAAAAUUUCAAAGUAGGUGUUGCGUUUAACCUAGUUGCGAUUUGGUAAUUUUCGACAAAAUACAGACGCUACUACUAAGCCUCUGGAACUCACGAGCAGAUGACUUACAAAGAAGGGUUGAGCAGUGUUUUUGAUAGUGUGGCACUUCUAUAAAAUGCUUUUCCUGUUAAUAAUGCAAUUUCCUACUGUAAGAGUUCUCAUAUAAGUUUGUUCUCUUUAUAAUCUUCUUGUAGCCAUUGGAUUGAUUUUCAAUGGUCGCUGCCAUCGCUCGCAUCAAACACAAGGGUAUUCUGAGAAACUGCGAUGCUUUUGGUGUUUUUUUGUUAUCUCGGCUUAAUCAAAGUAAUUACAAUAUUCAAUCACAGGAGAGGAAAAUAAAUCACAAAGAGCACGGGAGAGCGCAGAGUAAAAAAUAAUCAAAUACUAGAAGUGCGGGAAAACGCGAGUGACCAAAUCGCGAAUGGUCUUAGUUUUUAUUCUAAUUAGUUGAGUGGAUGGCGUGAGUUUUCUGGACCAAUCACUGACUAUUUUCGAGACUCAAAUGAAAAACUUCCCUAUUAGGUUCAAUAUCGCUAAGUACAGUGGUUCUUGUAUGAUCACCACGACUACCGGUCAUGUUUUUUGGCGAUAGUAACCAGGUUUGACUAAAUGAUUUUUCCGAUAAAAGUCAAAUAAAAGUUUCCGUAACGAAAAAAGGAAAAAAUCCACUUGAAGGUGACAUGGCUUACAUUUUCAUGAUAAGACAACUGUUCAGUAAAUUCAUAAAAGAAAUAGUAAGUAGAAAAUGUUAACUAAGGUGUCCUCACAACAUAUUUUGACAUAUGGAAACAUGAAUUUCAAAGACGUGAAUGGUGAAAUGAUCCACACCUAACAACAGUCCAUUAAUAACAAAAUAGCAGGUGGACAGCAACACAUAAUUAUAAAUAAAAUAAUUAACUUUGACAGCUUUUGAACUGAAAGUGUUAAACAAGCGAUAUUUAACAACAACCAUGGAUACCAAAUUCUUAAGAUCUCUCAUCUUCCCACUUCCUCCGAACGAAGUUCGAGAAAACCUUUGUUUACACUGCAUGCCUUUCUGAUUUUCAAUUCAAGAACAUAUUUUUAUUGCGCGAUUACUUAAGAAUUUCCACCGGAUAUGCUGCACAAAAGGAGCUGAAUGAUUUGACAGAGUCAUUCAAUUCCCAGCAGGUGUUUUUUCUCAUCACUGUUCAAACAACAACCUGUCAUCUUUUCUUUGCCAAACGACGGUUUUAAAAUCAAUACUUGUGAAAUUAAGCCUUGAGUUCUUACACGAUACUCACAGAAACCAGCAGUUAAAAGGUAACAUUUACCGUUAUUUAAACGGAAUUUCGGCACAUUACAUACAGUCGCCCAUUUGAAGGGCACCUUUGCUCGUUCUCUCACCGAGCAUGCGUGAUAGAAUCGCAUGAUUUAAUACCCAUAUAACUUGUGUUUCCUUUUUUUCCUCAAACCACACCAACAGCCAACUGAUAUCUCGUAGGGAAAAUAAACGAAUUCAUGAAACAUCAAGUACAUAGACCCCAAAAAACCUAGAUACCAAACAGUGCAUCAACUAGCUUAACACUGAAAUUUGGAAAUUAAGAUUUCACGAACAAUCACCGACAUCAAGAAAUUCCUCGCGCCAACUAAAACUUAGGAUAAUCAUCUAACACAAUGUCGAACUCAGUUGAAGACAACAAGUUCGAAAGCGGACUAAUUGAAGCGCUACAAACAUUACCAAAAGGUAUUGUUGAUUUAUUUUCAGCCUUGAAUAUCAUUCUCGCGACUUUCGCUUUCCUGGGUAACAUUCUAGUCAUCAUUGCUCUUUGCCGAGUAUUAACCAUUGCUCCAUCGACGAAACUUUUUUUCCGAUGCCUGGCAGUCAGUGAUCUUUGUGUGGGCAUCAUCGUUCAACCGAUUUACAUCUAUGCCACAAUCGUUAUGUCGAGUGGGAAAACAGUGACAUUUUUCAAAGUUGGCGGUGUACUAAGCGCGGUUUUGUGCGGGGUAUCUGUCAUGACUUCAACUGCUGUAAGCGUGGACAGACUGUUAGCCCUGUACUUGGGGAUAAGAUACAGACAUGUUGUAUCAUCAAAGCGAGUUCGCCUUGUUAUUGUCAGUUUUUGGGCCAGUUCGAUUUUAUCGGCACCACUUUGGGUGUGGAAAAGAGACAUUGCCUUUAAGCAAGCCUCUGUGGCGAUCCUAAUUUGUUUUGUGGCUUCAAUAGUCUCAUACGCCAAGAUUCAAUCGAAACUACGAAAACAUCAAGGGCAAAUUGAAAACCAUGUUACCAGAACAAUACCGAGCGGGGAAGGGAACUCAUUCAAUGUAGCCAAAUACAAAAAGACAGUGUCUAGCAUAGUGUGGGUGCAAUUGGCAUUAGUUUUCUGCUACCUGCCUUUUGGGGUUGUAUCUGGGAUUGGAAUAAACAACGGAGUAGAUUGGUUAGCUGCAAUAACAUUGCUUUACUUUAACUCAUCUCUAAAUCCGAUCCUCUACUGCUGGAGGAUAAGACAAGUGCGACAUGCAGUCAAGGACAUAUUCAAGCAGCUGUACUGUUGUUAA